AAUGUCAACAAGUGGUGAGUAUCCGCCUGUUAGAUAAUGUUUCAAUUAAUACUGCCCCAGUUUUUGUGAUUUAAAAGUAGCUAAAUUUUCAGAUUCAACAAUCCUAUUAUGCAGUAGUUGUUAUGAACUUUACAAAAGAAGAAAUUGUUGUUAUUUUUGUGCUCAAGUGUAUAAGGAUGAUGAAUAAAAUUUCCUUGAUGGCAAAAAAUGGGUUUAAUGUGAUAAUUAACGAUGUGGGAAAUGGGUAUAAUAAUUAUUAAGAUUUAUAUAGACACACAUUGAUUGUGAAGUAUCAGACAUUGAAUCGUAAUUGUAACAUAAAAGUUUCAAAUAUAAAUGUCCUUGGUGUAGGAUAGAGAAAGAUAAAAAGAAAAAGUAAUCACAGCUUACAAAAUCAUUAAUAAAUUAAGAUUAAGGAGAUUAAUCUGAUUAAGAUCCAGAAUAUAUACAUUCUUUAAUAAAAAAAACAUCAUUAGAAGAAUCCAGUAUAUAAUAAAUUUAUGAGCCUUGGUUGAAAAAAAAUACAUUCUUAGAAGAAUUGCUAAAAAAAAAUGGUUUUUAAUUGUAUAAUAAUUAGGAGAGUUUACUUAGUGCAUAAAUUAAGAGGAACUAUAAAGCGAUUUAAUUAAAAUGAGGAAUUUACUAAAAAAAUGA